GUAGUGUUGGUAGUUGAAUCUCAGACAAAAAAAAUUGUCUUCAGUUACUUCGCAGUUGCUAGUAAAAUAAAGUCGACGAAAUGAUCAAGGCAAUAGCUUUUGUCAUACUCGCUCUCGCAAUUGCACAGUUGGAAGCAGCUGCAAUCGACUAUGAAUACGCCAACAACUCGAUUCUAGUCACAGACGCCCAACUUCGCAGUCUUGGGGCAGAAUUAUUUAAUCUUGAUCAAAAUAAUGUUCGCAAUAUAAUAACCGUUGCAGCGCAGGGCAGAGGAACUGGUUGUCCUGGCCUAGCUUCAGAUAGAUUAAUGACAGUAAACACCGCUGCUUACUCCCGACCAACCAUCGCCAGACUUUUGCCAUUGUUCAAUCAUUACCGUGCUGACGUAAACAUUGCCGAGACAUUCACAGCAGCACAGACCAGAGAGCAGAACGAGUUCAUUGAUGCCGUUUUUAAUACACCGGUGAUGCGAAGAGCUGAAACCUUUUUGCAACAAAAUGGUUUGCCCAGUGGUCGAGCAAAUUUCGUUCGAAAUUGGUUUGAUUUAUAUUCAAGAGGAACUGGAGCUCUCGGAAGUAAUGGAUUUGAGCAUGUUUUUAUGGCUGAAACAAGGGAUUCAAGCAUUAUGGGAGCCCAUCAAUGGAUCUGGUUUGAUGAUCAGAAUAGACGUGGUAUUUUGAAUUAUCGCGGCCACAGAUCUUUCCAGGGUACUAUUGGUGGAGUUGGAACAGCGAAUAGAGCAUCGGGCAUUUCAGCUAUUUUCAACUGGCGGGGCUUCUGUAAGCCGAUCUCUAGUUUGUUUAUAGGUACAAGUCCUGAAUUUGAGCUGGCAAUUUUCAAUGUUUGCUACCACGCAAGACGAAACGGAUUGUGUCCAGUUACAUUGGGUGGUACCAACUUAAACAUUCAAACUUUUGACAUUACGCGUAGUGGACGACAAUUUGUUUCUACUGCUUACCCUGUUAUCAACUAAAUAUUGUUGACGUUGUUGAAAUAAAGUUCCUUAAAAUAGGAGAAGUUAUAUGAA